CGAUGUUGUCCACUAGGUGGCAGCAGUCAAAUGAUGCCACUGCGCAUGCCCGACUGCGGUUAUUGAACAAACAUGGCGGCACCCUGCGUGACAGCAUUGAGGACAGCACUGAAAGGUGUGCUCCUCAUGCAGAUGAGCCAAACCCCGACAGUGUGUCAGUGUUUACGGCUUCAUGCUGCUCGGUGUCGGCCUCUACAUGUCUCCCCUGCAGCCGCCCUGUGCAGCUCCAGAGUAGAGCCGCAGAGAAGCAGCCAGACACACAGCAAAGAUGACAGAAGAGCAGGACAGGAAGAGGACGAAUCCGAGGGUCCUGAAUACAUCCCCAAGAGAAAGGCGAAGAACCCCAUGAUGUCAAUUGGCUAUGCCUGGAUGAUUGGCCUGCCCACAGGAAUCAUCGGCUUCCUCCUGGCCAAGAGAGAAGUGGACAAGAACCGACUGAAGCAGCUGAAGGUUCGACAGAGGAUGAAGAAGUCAAACGAGGGCAAAUAUGAAGGGAGUCGGUACCGCAGUCCUGCAGAGGAUUAAACUGGACCAAUAAUGUUCAUGUGUGGCUGCUGCGAUUAGCUCCAUGUUCUGAACGUCACUACCAAAGACUGAUUACAGAAGAGACAUCAACCUCAUGAGCCUAAGAACAGACAUUCAAAAGUGGGUAACUAUUUUUUUCUAUAGGCAGAUGCUGGAAAUGUGAGAAUGUCGUUGAGCAUCUAAUCAGGCCUUUGUUUUUUUUGUGUUGCAGAUUUGUUUUUUCUUGCUCACAAAUAUGGGUCAUACUGUUCUGGAGAUUGAUCAUUAGCCAUGAUGCUGAUGUUCUGUAAAUAUGAUCGAGGAAAUAAAUGUAUAUUUAAUAUGUAAACAAGAAUCAUCACUGGUACAUCUGCAUGUGAACCACAUCAAAACUCACAAAUACAAAUGUUUAUUUGAUAUGAAAAGGCAGG